AUGUUGCCAAUGGGUCUGAGUAGCCUGGAAGUCAUUUCAGAGAUGUAUUUGAUAGCACACAAUGGCUCCAUGUUCCAUUGUCGGUUAGUGCUGCCUCUGCCAAAGCACCUGGUUAUUUUUGGUAUGGGAAACUGGGACACGUCCCCAGAGGAGACCUUCCUUUCAGUUGAGGUGUCAGUGAGCCCUGAGACAAAAUCCCAGCGAAUUGGAAUGCUUUCUUCAGUGGCAAGGUGUCUGGUGUGGCAGGGAGAAUGGAAGACAGACCUGGUGGCAGCUGCUAACAUCAACGCGGAGAGGGGGGGCCAUGGCACACUCUCUCUGAUCCUCAAUGGACAGUUGAAGCGGGUGGAUUUCUUGAGCAGCACUCCAGUGGUCCCUGUGAAGACUCGUCCAGCCCUUGAUGAUCUCCUAUCUGAUCUCCUCGAUGACUUCUGUCCAUCGUUCCCCUGUCUCUCUGCACUCCCUCGGGUGGACCAUGCCCAUCUACAGCAAGACACGAGCCUGAAUUUCACCCUGAAGAUGGAGGAGGCUUCCUGUCCUCGGGCACCAUUUCCUGCUCCGUUAGGGGACACGGACUCCUCUGGAAAGGACACAGACUCUUCUGGAAAAGAGACAGAUUCUUCCGACGAGCUAGCCUGUCCAAGUCCACGCUGGAAUCACACACUGUGCCUGAGUGACCCAGACACAGCCAUUCUGAUUGGAGGGGAGAGGGGACCGAAGAGCUACUGUAAAGAUGGUCUGUGGAGGUUGGAGCUUGAUAAUGGUGAGAAUUUCUGGUUUCCCUUGGAGACGACCUCGACAAAGACCAUUCCAGUUCCUCGACGUGUCUGUGGUCACUCUGCCACCUAUGAUCCUGACACCAAACGCAUCUACAUUUUCGGAGGGGUGAAAGAUGAGCAAUGCUUCGAUAAUGUUUACGUUCUGGAUACUUUGACCUGGAAGUGGUCUUCUGUAAUUGGGAGGGGUAAGGUGCCCUCACUGGCCUAUCACAGUGCGGUGGUCUUCCAUCGGGAGCUCUUUGUAUUCGGUGGGUUACUUUGCCGAACGCCACUGACCAAAGAAAGCUGCAGCAACACCCUGUACAUCUUCAACGCUGAGCAUGAGAUCUGGUACCAGCCUAUCGUGGUGGGUGAAAGGCCCCUCCCUCGCUACUGUCACUCUGGCACUCUCCUGCGAGAUAAACUCCUCCUGUUUGGUGGCAGUCGGAGCAGAGUGUUCCUGAACGACCUUCACAUGUUGGAUCUUGGCUUCAUGGAGUACAUUAACAUCCAGGGUCAAGCCCCUCCUCCACCAAGAUGCUGCCAUGCUGCUGUUCCUGUGUGUGGUAACAAGAUGCUGAUCAGCGGUGGACAUAAUCUGAGCGGAGCCCUGCAGGAUUUGUUCAUCUUCAAUAUAGACACCUACAGUUGGAGCAGUCUGUCUCACCCUAUACUCUGCUCCGUGCCACGGACUGGUCACAGCCUAGUGUAUCUGAACUCGAGUCGAUGCAGUACAGGGUCCUGCCACAAGCUACUGGUGUUUGGGGGCUCGGACAACGCUGGGAAAUUCUACAGUGACACAGUCCGAGUAGGCAUGGUGCUGGAUGGGGACUGAACCAACCUCUCCUGAAAAUUAACUUCCAUGUAAGUGUGUGGCGGUAAACUCUAGGAGCAGGCGAUGUGGACAACAGCCAUCUGACCAUC